AGGUAUUGUCUUUACAUUUAUGGAGAAUAGGUAUUUUCAUUUAUAAAGAACGUGUAUUGACUUUAUAUUAAUAAACAAGAGGUAUUGUCGUAAUUUUCAUAAACAAUAUUAUCGCUGACAGGAAACAUUCAGAUUCUUCAUAUGGGAGUUCUGUGAUUAAAGUCCAAUGAUUGCAAGUACAGAAGUUUAGCUUCAGCCAGAUUCACUUCAAAAUCGGCAAUCAAAAUUGACACACAGAUUAACUUACAAGUAUACAAGUCACCAGGUGACAAUAUAAACAAUGUGUUCACCAGGAUGCUGACACACUACUCCAAUCACUUCAAUACUGACCGACCAAUCACACACUCAUCAAUUCCUUGCUGCCACUACAGAGAUACAAUGCUGCCGCAACCUGCUAUAAUUUAAAUGAGGUGAACUUUAUCCAAUCAAGCAAUCAGUGACUACUCAGCGUUGACGCAACAUGGUUGUAUUACUGUGACAGUAUGGAAAACAUCGCCAUAAUCUCCCUGCCAAUCACACAGUUUCCUGCCCGGCAGACGGUGAGAUUAGGUCAAAGUGGAAGAAUUAGCCAGGAUAAUCCUUGUCAAUCCUAUGUAUGGGAGAACUGAGCUUGCCACUACUCCAACAGACUACUCCAUGUCUCAGUGUCACACAGGCAGAUAUAUAGAAGCAGGAUGUCUGAGACAUGCCAUUCAGUAUCUCCACUACAGCAAACUACGAGUGCAAAGUCACCUGUUUUCUGGUUAAAUCAUAGUUGAAACCAACUUCAAACCAUGGCAACAUCCACCUGUGCCAGCCAGAUCUGUUCACCGUCUGCCACUAAACUAUCGUCUGCUGCUGCUUCAUGGAAGGACGACCCAGUGUCAGCCUCCUUCCAACUCUUCAGUCUCAUUGAAAUGCAGGAUAGAUUCCUCGAACAAGUCCAGGCCAUAGAUGCCUACAUCCUGGAACUGACAGAAAAGAUCGUGAAAGAUGCAGCCAAUGGCGGCCAUGUUGGCCAUGGGUUACUUCUGCUCAACAGGAAGUGUGUAGCUGAAGGUGUCCGUCAGGUGUACCUACGACUGGCCACACAGAAGCGGAGACAAGUCAGGCAGUGCUACAACUUCAUCAGACAAAACUUCGAUGACCACGACGAUCUUUCAGCAACUGAUAUGGGCGAGUCACACGACCAUGAGGUCACCCAGAUUGCUCGUGGACUUAGUAUGGAGUGUUGUGCGUUCCAGCGAUCAUGCUAGCAGAAUGGAAAAUACUCAGAAAAUGACUUGAAAUGUGUUCGCUGACGAACAUCUA